GUGACGUGCCGGUUGGGGCGCCUGCGCGCUCUCGGCGGCCAUCGUCAGCGCGAGCGGACGAGCGCGGUCUCCCGGUGUCGGGUCCGGGGUUGAUGUCGGCCAAGUCUCCGGUCGGCUUGGUGCUCGUUUUCGCCGCCGCUACGGCCUAUCUGUACGUGCUGUCCAGCAAUCUGCCCCAUGCGGUGCACAGCCGGGGGUCGCUGAACGACCAGGAGGAGGAGAGGCAGGAGUCCAGGUUACUGACAUUUCCAUCUGACCUGGAAGAACUGCGAGCGCUUGCUGGCUUGCUGCAAUCCUACAGAGCUCAGCACGCUGGAUAUGUGCUCCUGCUCUUCUGCAGUGCAUACCUCUACAAACAGACCUUUGCAAUCCCUGGCUCCUCCUUCCUGAAUAUAUUAGCGGGUGCGUUAUUUGGACUAUGGCUGGGCCUUGCCUUGUGCUGUGUUUUAACAGCAAUUGGAGCAACCUUCUGCUUCCUGCUGUCCAAGACAUACGGCAAACAGUUUGUGGUGCAACGAUUUCCUGAGAGACUCUCAAUGCUACAACAAAAGGUGCAGGAAAACCGGAACAGUCUCUUCUUUUUCCUCUUGUUCCUCAGGUUUUUCCCAAUGACUCCAAAUUGGUUCCUGAACAUCACAUCUCCCAUUCUCAAUGUUCCUCUCACGCAGUUCUUCUUCUCCAUUGUAAUUGGUCUCCUUCCCUAUAACUUCAUCUGCGUGCAGACUGGCUGCAUCCUGUCUGAGAUCUCUUCACUGGAUAACCUGUUUUCUUGGUCCAUCCUGAUGAAACUGCUGGUCAUUGCCAUAGUAGCACUUGUCCCUGGAGCUCUCAUUAAACAUUACAGUCAUCAGCAUCUGCAGUUGGGCGGAAAGGUUAAAAACGGGCACUUGGUUAAUGACCGGAAGACAAGAUGACCGAUGCUAACCCCGCUUCGUUAUUUAUGGUUUUAUUAUUGUAUGAAACAGUCUUAAUCUGAAGAAACAAUCUUUCUAAAAUAUGGAGUUUUACUUAUCAUAGAAGCCUAUCUAGUAAAAUCUGAACCAUGCCACAGUCUUCAAAGCACUGCCUACAAGCUACCCAUUCAGAUUACUGAAGCUCUGCUGACAGUAACUGCGUCUGUCUGAGCCGAUAGGUGCCCACUUAUUACGACUUCACAUGCAAAAGGUGUCCAAUACUUGAUAAUUAAGUGGACAAUAACAUUUGAGUGGGUUGUUGUCUUACAGAUUCAAAGAAGUUCAACUGUGGCUGUGAGCAUUGAGACAUACUAAGUAUUUUUGCUUUAACUCUAGUAAGGCCUCAGCUGGUCAGAACUAUGGAUGUUAUUCGUCAAAGUCCUAAAUUAUGCAGAUUGUCUAGAUGUAAAUAGCAAAAGAUGUCACCUGUUCUCUGAGGGCAGAGAACACAUUUUGGUUUUAGAAGCUAAAGGAUUUCCAAUCAAACAGUCCAGUCUAUAGUUGUUCCCAAUCCCCUGUUUUCUACUUUACAACAAUCGUAACAUACCAGAUGUAUUUCAUUGGUUGUGAAGCACUUUAGAAAGCUCUGAGGUCAUGAAAGGCACUAAUGUUUUCUCCUGUCUGGUCUUAACUCGUGCAGAGAGAUUGCAGUAGUGCAAAGUACCCUGAGAUAACUAACUUCUGGUGGGAACUGCCCUCCUGACUGCCCUGCCCUCCUGUGGCAAAAUUGAGCUGCCUGUGAUGCCUGUUUUAUUUUUAAGCUGUCCCUUUUGAUUCAAGCUGCCAUCAUUGGUUCUUUUCAGUCGUGCUGCACACCUCUUGGGCUUGUUUGUGUUGGCAGAUCAGCUGAGUGAUCACACACAAAUGGCAGAUCACUCGCUGGAUGGGAAGCCGAUUGGUGAGGAUGUGUGGCAUUCGUGGCUGUGUCCAGCCUGCUUCCCUCUCCAGUGACCUGGCAGCAGUGCUGCUAUCCUCAGUUACUACCUGCAGUCAAAUUAGUGACGUGUUCUGAGUGUCUCACCUGCCUCAAUUAUUCGAGAUUGUGUUCAAGGCUGGUGGAACGAAUGAGACUAAAUGGAGCAGCUGAAGCCUGAAAACCAAAAGGAAAUUAUUUUUGCUUUCAUCAUUCAGCAAGAUUUUUAAUGGUAAAUAUCCCAAGUUACGAUUUCACAGGGCAGGUUGAGAGGGAAGGAAUCCCAAAUUUAAAGUUUGAGAGAAUGGUGGAGGUCUAUGUGAGUAGUAAUUGGCCCUAAGAUGUUGACCUCAACACUGGUGACUGUGCUACCUGAGACCCCACACCCCAGGAUAUUUAAGGAUAUUAUGCAUCUUUUUUUAACAGCCAGAGGGUUGAAGUAUAUUUUUAUUAAUUGAUGUUUUAAUGAUAAUAAGUGAGCAGCUCUUGGGAUGGGACUGGUGAGAAGCCAGUGAUGAUCAGAUCUGGAUGUAGAAAGUGGUAAUCUUUAUGCUAUGGUCAGAUGGGAGCAAGAAGCGUGAGCACAAAGAUAGUGGUGGGCGUGUCUGAAGAAAAUGUAAAAUAAUUCUUUCUCACUUCUCUGCCUUUUCUCCAACCCUGCCCCUCAAUCCUGGCAAGUAAAUGCAGCACUGUAUGUAUUACAAAGGAACUUUGAAAAGCAGUUGCUGACUUUUUUGACUUGAUGUGGAAGCCUAUUUGUUAAAACUUUUGUUCUCUCUUGAAUUCAACGCUUGGUUUACUGUACCUGUGAAAAGCCCCCAGCCAUCAAACAACACGUGUCCAACACGGAAUGGAGUGUUAGCUGGAGAUGAUGUGCCGUGUCAUUGCUGCUCUUAUCACUCCUUUGUUCGCAACCCUGCCACUCUGUGAUUAUAUGUGCACCCACACUUAUUCUCCCCUACCUCUCACUGCCUUGCAAGUAGCUGCACGGUUGAAACAUAAGCUCCUAAGUUGCCUUCCUUUUUGUAUUUGAUCUUACCCAAUGAUGGUAACUGUUUAUUUAAUCAGUCUUAUCCUUUUUUUCUGAAGAGUCAUGCAGCAGGGAAACAGACCCUUCAGUCCAACCAGUACAUGCUGACAAUAAUCCCAAAUUAAAUCAGUCCCACCUGCCUGCACUUAAAAUCCAAAUAUUCUUGGGGAUUUCCAUGGAUAGAGUUUGAGGGAUUUAAUAAUAUUUAAGUGUCUGGUGUGCUGUGAACCUGGAAAAAUGAAUGUAUGUUGGGGCCUGUUACAUUUUUCAUAGUGAAAUGUAUAUGACACCAACAGCUAUUGCUAGAUGCACAUAAGAAAGGUGGUGUUUGGCCUUCUGAUGAACCAUGGGGUGGUGAGGCUCCCAAAUUGGAGAGAGUUGGGUAGUUGUCAGGGUGAGGUGUAAAUUUCUCUCUAACUGACCAGUCUAAUUAGAUUGUUAGUUUGGGCAUGCGAGAAGCAGGAACUGAGUUCUGAUCCAAUCAAUUCCUGCCAGGGUGGGUUACGUUAUAAUGAGACAUCAGUUUGGAAAUUUUAGGGUAGUAUUUUUGACCACUGAACCCCCACACUCUCAGCAAGUCUGGACGGAGUGAGAUUUGGAGGUAUUCCCAUAAUUAUCUCCUCUUUGGGUAAAGGGUGGUGUUUGCGUUAGUUACGUACAUGUUUUUAAAGCAUAAUUACUGGGAGAUCCUGUGCUUAUGAAAAGCACUUUGUGAAUUCAAAUCUUGUCUGUUUUCCUUUUUCUACCAUUCUCUUGGGCAGGAGUUUCCAGAUCCCCACCAUCUCGGGGUAAAAGAAAUUCUCCUGGUAUUGAGCUCUGCCAACAGAACUAAGUCCUUCCCAUGCACACUAUCCGCGCCCCUCAAAAUAUUAAGAUUCCCUUGAUUAAAUCUCCUUGGCUCCCUGUUUUUCCCUAUUGUAAACCUCUCAGACAGUUUUUGUAUAAUUAGCAAACCACUUAACUGAAGGGUAGAGGGUUAAACCUAAGUUGUUCAUUUUACUGCAGAUGCAAAGAAGUGAUCUUCUGUUUACCAAAAACAGAUAAGGGCCCUUGCUUUCUGCCACAAUGCCUUCUGUAGCAAUUUUGGAUCCAACUUGCCACUUUUACUUUUCUGACUAGUUGACUAUUUGCAGCCUUGUUAAAGGCCUUGCUGGCAUCUGUGUGGACUGUUAAAGCUGCUGCUUUCUUCCUCAAAACAAUCAACCAGUAUGUGUUCUAUAAAUCCAUACUGGAUUAAUCUGAGCCUUACAUAGUGGUGAUUGUUGGGAAAGAGUUUUGAAGAGCGGUAUUAAUUUCUCCAUCAAUAAGGUUGGGCUGAUUUCUAUGUAAUUCCUUGGUCAAUUCCAUUUUCUCUUUCUGAAUAAAGUCUCCUCCAAGUUACAAUUGUAGUACAAAUGGUCAGAAUCUGCAUUAGUUCUUCUCUGAACAAGCUGGGAUAGAUUUACUACAAGCCCACUGGCCUAUUUUUAAAGAUAUGGAAUCAUUUUGUGUAGAGAGGGGAGUUUUUGUCCUGUACAGUGUUUCAUAAUCUGCCUCAGCCACUUAGUGGCAGAACAGUUUCAACUCUCCACCAGUAAGUCCAAAAUAAAUUUAGACCAAGUUUAACUAGUGAUAAAGUGAUCAUAUGAUUUGUAACCUUUAUAUAUCAAGAGACAUUAAUAUAACAGAAGUUUCAGUAUGCCCCCACUGAUCAGUUAACGUGAAGGCCUGAGAGUAGAACUGUCUGCAUAUGUACACUUCUGCACAGUUUACUCCUGGCUUGAGGAGUGUAAACAAGCUGUUGACAUCUACUUUCAUCCAGGAUCAGCACCUGCAGUAUAAAUCCCAAUAUAUGUGGCUGAGGAUGAGGACUUUUAGUUUGUAAACUGUGUUUGGGUAUAAUUAGAUUUUCAUAUACUUUUUAAGUGGAAUCCUUUGGGAUUUGUAACCAUGGAUGGCUAUUAAAUUUUUAUACACAAAGUUCAGCCUUGCUGUCUAUAGUGUGAAUUAUGUUUUAUAUUGAUACUGUGUGUAGAUAUGGUAAACAGGAAUAUGGGAAAUGUUUGAAAGUCAUCUACACUUUUCCCAAAUAUUUUAACCAGUCUUUCACUUUACCAAAGGAGUGUUUACAUUUGCAUGUUUUGCAGUAUUUUCUCCACUAAAAGUGGCAGUUGUCUGAUUUGUUUAAAUUGUGUGAUUUGUUUAAACAAGUUCAGCAGAAUUUGGGAACCUCAAUAAAGUAUUUAAAUAAA